ACCAUGUUGUCCUCUGUGCGUCGGCACAGCCUGCGCCUGCAGUCCGAGCUCCACCGGUGGAGCAUCUGCGACCCGGGCAGCCACCUGCUCCCGGACAGCCUCCUGGCCCGGGUUCCCGCCUGCAUCUCCCGUUCCAAGUCGUGCACCAGCUCCGCCGGGGAGUCGGACGGCAGCCGCGGCAGCUGGUCUUCCUCAGACUCGGUCAUCUCCACCGACUCCGCCGGAGACGCGGCGGAACCCGGGCGCCCGUAUCGGGUGGUACUCUUAGGGGCCAGCGGAGUCGGUAAGACGGCCUUCGCCAGUAUCUUCGCUGGGGCAGCAGACAGCAUGGACAGUGAUGACUGCGAGCUGUGCGGAGAUGAAAUGUGUGAAAAGAUGAUUGAAGUGGAUGGAGAGCCUGCAACUGUAACUCUGCUGGACACAUGGGAUGCAGAGACUGACAGUGAAUGGGCUCAUGAGUGCUACAUGCAGACAGGUGACGCCUACCUGUUGCUGUACUCCAUAACUGACCGGGCCUCGUUCCUGCGAGCUUCUGAGCUCCGGAUAACUCUGCGCCGCUUCCGCCCUGCUCAGCACACACCAAUCAUACUGGUGGGGAACAAGUGUGACCUGGUGCGGCGCAGAGAGGUGUCCGUCAGUGAGGGCCGUGCCUGUGCUGCUGUGUUUGACUGCAAGUUUAUCGAAACCUCAGCUGCCAUGCAGCACAACGUCUGGGAGGCCUUCCACGGCAUAGUGCGACAGCUGCGCCUACGCAGAGACUCCAAGGAAGCCAACAAACGUCGCAGGCACAUAAACUCUAACACGCACCGCCAAAGCCUCCCUAUGAAGGCCAAACGUUUCCUCGACAAGGUGGUGGCAAAGAACAACCCCAGUGUGGCGUUCUGGCUAAAAUCUAAGUCCUGCCAUGACCUGUCUGUGCUGUAGGGGCCCACCAGACACCCUUUUUAAAUCUAUGCCAAACCCUUGAGCAGGUGAACAGCUGAGAGAGCAGAGUUAGUGGACAUGGGCUGGAGGUAAGACUGCUUCUAAAGGGGCUAAAAGUUGGGUGGCUCAAACCCAGUCCUCACUGAGUUUCACAUCCACCUUCAGCACAGCUGAGACGGUGCUCACGAGAGGUGUUUAACACAUUUCUACACUGCCGUUCAUGUGUUGCAGUCUGAGCUAGAUGGAGUGGACUGACCUGAGUUUGUCAGCCUUUGUAAUGGACCAGACAAUCAGCUAAAGAAGUGACGUUUCCUGACACGAGGACUGGUCACGUCUGUGUGGCAGAAUUGUUGGAGGUUUGAGGUGAACUGAUAGAUGGCGGUGAUGUUUGUUCAUUUCUGUUUGUUCACUUCUCUAUUUCCUCUGUUUUUGCUCUUGUUCCUGCCAGAUUUGUCCACUGAUAAUCCCUAAGUGCUAAGAUAACCAGUUGUAAGCUACUGAUGAUUAAGUGUGAUUGAUGUCUCAGAUUCUUUUGUAUGAUGAUAACUGAGUAGUUACUUUGACAUUAUUUAUAAUGUGUUGUAUUUUGCACUUACUGAAAAUAAAUACCAGAUUGAUAAUGUAUCGUAUUUUGCUACUUAGACGUAUUUUCAGUGUUGCUUGAU